AUGUCGGAGCCACAGCAAACACCCACGCCGGAGCAAACACCUGGGGGCAAGAAGCCAAGUCGGCCGGGUCUAGACCGCAGCAACUCUGACGAGACGGAGAGCGCGGACGACCAGGGAUACGAGUCGCGAUCAAGAUCUCAAUCCCGACGACGGAGACGACAGAACCAACGACAGAGGCAAGCUCAGGCCCGAGCCCAGGCUGGGAACGCCAAUGCGAGUUCGAUGGCGUCGAUCGACGAGGGUGCCGAACCCCAACAGCAACAGCAGCAACAGCAGCAACAACAAGUCGCAAGACGGGCUCAGCAGACAGAGCAGCAUCCGAGUGAACAGCAACAGAACCCGCAGUGGCUACAGAACCCGGACCCUCGAGAUCUGACAGAGUUCCAACCAUUCGAGAGGAUCAAGCCGCCCUCGCAAUCCAUGCAAGGACCCGUGACAUACGCGCGCAUGAUCCGGGGCGAAAUCCCCUGGCGAGGCCCUCCGCCGUCCCAACCGCUGGAAACCGCCCAACCCAUCGACUCAAAGGAUAGCAGCGGCAAAGAUCCCAUGGAUCAAGAUGGCUUGAAACUCCGCCUGGAGUUGAACCUCGACAUUGAAAUCGAACUCAAGGCCAGCAUCCACGGCGAUCUGACAUUAGCACUCCUGUGA